AUUGUAAAAUGUCUUUGUAAAGUCCUAUCCAAAUUUUACAAUUUCCUCUUUCUGUGGUCAAAGGAAACAUAAAAAAGAGUCAUUUGAUGAAAUGGAAUCAACCAAUUUCUAGAUUUAUAAUUCAAUUAAUUACUGUAAAACUAACCAAUAAUAAUGAGUGAUAACGAAAAAGAGGAAGCAGCGAACCUGAAAGAGGAGUUUGAAUGGGUGUUGCGUGAAGAAGUUCAUGCUAUAUUACAUCAGUUACAUUCUGUGUUAGUGGAAUGUGCCCAUAGAUUCCCAGUACCUUUGUAUGGGAAUGAAGGUCAAAAACAAGACAAAUUUAUUUUAACAUCUCAGCCUGAACAAUUAAAAUGUAUUGUGACCCUGACAGGAGAUAGCAUUACACAGGCCGAUAUCAGCUUUAAAGUCCUCCGUCAAAUGCAUACCAUAUGCCGCACAUCUAUCAAUCAGGAUGGGCCGUGGAAGUUGCAGCAAAUCCAGGAUGCUGCCAACCAUCUGCAGCAGGCCAUUGGUUACAUUGACAAUGUGGAUAAACAUUAUGUAUUCAGGUCAUCUGAAGAGGUCUUACACAUAAUACAGUGUCUGUUAGGAUCAUUGCAAAGAGCCCGGUCUGCCUUACUUUUACCAAAGAAGAAAGCUAUUGAUGAGCUUAUGAAAAGUAGGAAUAUGAAAGCCUUAUCGCCGAAUUUGCCAGAGGAUCUGGCGAUAUCCUUCUACAUACAAUCCCACAAGUUGAUAUUUGUUGCUUACCAACUAAGUUCUGUGCACGGUGCCAUGAGGAUCGACUCCUGUCAGGCGGACUGUGCAGUACCAUGGCUGAGUGACGUACUUCUUAUGUUAACCGCUUCCUUGCAUAUGUGCCAGCAGUUAAAGGAUAAGCUGUGUGUAUUCUCUCAAUACAAGGACUUCACUGUGGGAUCAAGAUCUGCCUCAACGGUGUUCAACUAAACACCCUGUUACCUGAUUCUCAUGUAUGUUACGUAACACUGUACACAUAUUUAUUUAGUUGUAACCGUGUCCAUUGUUGAUAUUCUUGUUGAGUAUGUUGUAAUAUAAUGUAUAGUUAAUAUAUAAGUUAUAAAACUAAUAUUAAAUUAAUAUAUCUGUGUGUUUGAAAGUUGAAGUUUUGUAGCUAUUUUGAUAGUAAGUGGACGUCCGAGUUUGUGUAUUUGUUGCACAAUACUAUAAUAUAAGUACAAUACCUACAUACGGUAUUUAUAUUAAAGUUGCUUUCGCCUAAUUCGAGAAUUCAAAAAUACUUAAGACAAACAAAAACAUGAAUUACUUUAAUGAAAAUUAUUCUCAUAUUAUUCCUGGUUACAUCCUCAUCUGCGGGGUUAAUUACUCUUACUCUCUUAAGAUGAUCAUAAAGAUAAAAAGAGAGAAAAGAUCCAACAUAGCCUUAUCAAUGUUCGUGAAUAGUGAUCGGAAUCAUUUUCACAGAGUGUCCAGAAUAAGCUUUUAAAUUUAAAUGAUAAAGACCCAAUCUAGUCAACAGAAUCGACAAAACUGCGCAUGAUUCGGUAAUCCGAUUGCUUGGAUAAACCCAUGUUGUCAAGAUAGUUCAAUCCAAAAACUAUAUAUUGAUCAUUGUUCAUAUCAAUACGAUUGCGAUUUAUGUCAUAUGCCGUCAUAUUUAUUUGUUGAUACAUUUUGUAAAUCACUCGAUAUGAUCGAUGAUUAAUGUAUAACAUCAUGUCAUUUAUAUUUUGAUGCAUGCUGUAAGUAUAACAAUAUUUUAAAUAUUUAUUUUAUUUGCCAGUGCAAGCCCGGGAUAUGUUUAAAAAUUAUAAUUUAUAGACAUUACUUACCUAUUGACAAACUUUCAUAACGAUUUUGAGUAAUUUUCUAUGUUGACACAAUUCAAAUAUUUACUUACGAAUACGAAGCAAUAUAUUGUACAUUCUUUGGUUUCAUGAAGUCCAAUCCGGAUCUGUAAAACAACAUAUAAACCGGCCAAUUUUAGGUAUGAGAUAAUCUUUUAUCUACACAUAAAAUUAAACAGUUUUAUAAGUUGAACCUAUAUUUUUGAGCACAUACUGUAUACCUAGAUCUGAACAAUUUAAAAAGGGUUUGAUGUAAUUCCGAAGCAAUAAGCUUCCUAUUUCUAUAUAUAGCUAGGUGUAAAGUUGUUUGUAGAUAUCUCGUAACCAAUUUUUCCAAAUCCUCUCGAUUUUAGUAUUAGUCAAUUAUGUGUGAAAUUCCGUUAAAGCAUAAACUUAAAAAUUAAAUCCUCAAAAUUAUUGUGAUAUUGAGAUAACUUGAUAAUGCUUAUUUAUGAUAAGUGAAACCGGUAAUUUAAAAGAAAGUACCUUGAUUCUAUUGCAAAGCAAUCUUAAUUAAAUAUGUACUGUAAUACUAACCACUUUUAUAAGUCGCAUCGAUAAUUGACUGAUAAGCCCAAAUAUUUUUGCGCCAUGCAAAAAUUUUACUUCUGCGCUGGUACAUCGGUGUUACCUAUAAAAGUGGCGAUACAGUUUCACACUUUUCCGAGUUCCCAGUUGUAGGUACCCUCCGCCGCUUUGUCCGGUCUUCGGCAUCCUCAGUUUUAAGUCCGUUCGCUCAUAUAAUAUUUUCUUUAGCGAUGUCUAGAUUUUUUGUCCAUAUAUCAUUUAAUUAGGCCGCCUGGGGCCAAAAAUAUUAUAUAUAAUUUUUGUAUGUGAAACAUUAUGCGAGAUAUAAAAUUAUACCUUACUGCCCAGUGCACAAAGUAUGUUAAAUUUUUAAUGUGUCCCUUUGGUGAUAGACGGAAUUCUUUGUCCCUUUUCGGCACACAUCUCUACAUAGUAAAUGAAUGAAUUAGCGAAUUUGUUACAUUAUCCACAAAUACGUGAUGCAUUUAAUCGUAGAAUUUAUAUCAUCACAAACGUGACCUUAUCUCCUUCCUAUUAUCUUAUAUCAACGCUAUGCUUUUAAUCAAAUUGUAUUGCGUAGGUAAAAUAUGAUAAUAAAAUAAACAACGGAAUUGGAAAUUAGCUUAACUAUUUUUACGCACUUCUAAUAUGGUAUAGUAUCUUUAUGGUUAAUGCACCUUCUAUUUAAUAUAGUUCUCAACACAUGAACACUUGUACCAUAUUUAUUAAUGGCGUGAAAGAAAGAUGGUGAUUAUUUAAAAUAUGCAAGUCAUAGGAAAUCACAUUAAAUAGAUAUGCAUUUAUUUAAACAAGAAAGUAACACUUUAAUUAUUAAGAAUAACUUAUUAUGAACGAAGUGGUGAACCAUGAUCAAAUUGUUUGUUUGACAUGUUUGACAAUAAAAUUAUUGUACUAGUAUUAUUAGAUAGCCUCAAGACUAUUAUAAAUAAGUAUACCUACUGUACUGUAUAACAAUUCCUGUAAUUGUGUUGUAUCUGUAUUUCAAUAAAACAAAAGCCGUUAAACAUCAUAAGUUU